UUUGUCAGAGGACUUGGAGAUGGAACAACAUUCAGAGAGGAGAAAGAGAUUGUGUACCUUUGCCUCAGCACAUCACUAGCUGCAGACAUGAGUAAUGAACGCGUCACCUAUGCAGAACUGAAGGUGGCAAAGAACUCAAGGAACCAGCACAGGAAACCAAGGGGUCCUCGCAGCUCCAUUUCAGUCAUCGAGCAGGAAAUCAUCUAUUCGGACUUCAGCUUUCAAAAUCCUUCUCAGGAGCAUCCCUGGAUCUGCAGGAAUUGCCCCUGCAAAGGUUUUCCAUCUCCUCCAGAGAAACUCAUUGCUGGUACCCUGGGCCUCAUCUGUUUUGUCUUAAUUGUCGCUGUGGUUGUAAUUACUACAGUUGCCACACCAUAUACCGAAGCAAAGGCACAGAUCAAUUCCUCAAUGACUAGAACCCACAGAGAUAUAAACUACACUCUAUCUUCAGCACAGCCUUGUCCUCAUUGUCCAAAGGAGUGGAUAUCAUAUUCUCACAAUUGUUAUUUCAUUGGUAUGGAGAGAAAAUCUUGGAAUGACAGUUUGGUGUCCUGCAUUUCCAAAAACUGUAGUCUGCUUUACAUAGAUAGUGAAGAGGAGCAGGAUUUUCUGCAAUCUCUUUCACUGAUCUCAUGGACUGGAAUCCUUCGGAAGGGCAGAGGUCAGCCCUGGGUCUGGAAAGAAGACUCAAUUUUCAAACCAAAGAUAGCAGAGAUUCUCCAUGAUGAAUGUAACUGUGCCAUGAUGUCAGCUUCUGGUCUCACAGCAGACAACUGUACAACUUUACAUCCAUAUCUUUGUAAGUGUAAAUUCCCCAUCUGAAACACCUGCACUGGAAGUCUGCCAGAUCUCUGGCUCCCUUUAGAUGAAUUUGCAACUAGAAUCCAAAGGAUCAUCAGCUUUCUCUAACUGUCCUGUUCGACGGUAACAAACACAGUUAUUGUUACCUAUAAGAAUGCCUUUUGAAAGAUUAUGGGGAAUUUUUCAUUCAGAAGGAUGGAAGUCUCUGUACAUUCUUCUCUGAACAAAAUCAUCAGAGAACACAUUUAAUAUAUUCCUAUUUAUGUAAUUUUGUUAAAAAUCUUUCCAAUGUUUAUUCUUAAUUUUGUCAAAAGUACAAUAACAAAAUUAUUGCAAAGUGGUUUUUAGUCUAUAUGCUGUGAUUUUGUAACUCAAUGUCAUGCUGGAAAUAUUUCUUAAGAUGCUAAUUAGUAUUUAUAAGUGGUUAUAAUAAUUAUUGUGAAAUUUGGUCUGUUUUAGUUGUGAGCCUAGCCUUUAACAGCUGAGUCAUCUAUCCAGUCCAAAUUUUGGUCAGUUUUGAAUCUUUUUCCACAUAAAAUAGUUUUAUUAAAUACUUUAAUAUUUUAAUAUAAAAUAAAUUUCAAACUAAGAAAUUAACAUUUGAUUUUCAGGAAUAUUAAUUGUUUAAGAUCUCCUUUAUCUUUUUCUAGCUAUUUUAACUAAGGAGCAGAACAUUAAACCCUAAUAAACCCCAAAAAGGUACACAAUAAUUUUCAAAGUUCCAGUGUUUGCACAGGUUUAACUUUGUCUUGAUCUCAGCCUAGGCAAAAGUGAUUGUGACUUUCAAAGGAAAUGAACCAAAGAAUCAGUCAAUGAAUCUUCACAAAUAUUUUACAAAAACAUGUAUUCUUGUACAAUAUUCAAAGAACAUGCUUAAGGUCAAACUGUCCAUUGGUAUCAAUCACCUCAAAAUUUGCUACUGUUGUUAUAAGACAAGAUUUAAAUACUUUUUCCUGUUUCACAGAAUGACUUCUGUGCAGAGACUAUUUAGAACAUGUAUAGGAUGAGAUUUUGCUUGUUUUCUUCAUAUGCACAUAGAUUUGGGGAUGAGUGCCUGACUUUUUCUAUGUAUAUAUUUAUUAGUGUGUGGGCUGUUUUAUUUGUAACAGGCUACAAGAAUGCAUGUCUAUAAUUUGUAUGUGCCUGAUUAUACCUGUGCAAAGAUACGAAGUCAUUAUUAAAUACCAAUGCUGCUUCUGAGACAAAA